AUGAAGAGGCGUUUAAAUGCCCCGAGAAAUGUAGCUCGAUUUCUGGAUGUAGAAGCGGGAGUUGAUGAUGGCGAGGAGGUGGACUCCAACGAGGAAGAAUCUGACCAGGAAUUAGAAAGCUGCGCAUACCGCGAAAGCCACCCUUACAAAACAAUCCCAGAUGACUUUCUCGAUGAACAGGAAGUGGAUGGGCUAGACGUCCGCCCUCGGUCGCUGGAUGAAUAUGCUCAAACAAACGAUGAAGCCCUAGAGGCGUUGCUGCUGCGAUCCAAGGAAAGAAGCCGUGCAGAAUCAAACCGACGAAAAUCAAACACUGUGGAUGCAGAAGCAGAAGAUGAUAUAUUUUCCGCCAGUUUUUUGCCUGCAUUAACUGCAACGGAUUAUCCCUUGUGGAAGGUGACUUGCCGCGUUGGCAGGGAAGAAUUGGCAGUUGCGUCUCUACUAUUCAGUACUCAGGAUAAGCACAAAAUUCGAUCUGUUUUUGCUAUUGAGAAGAUGAAGGGAUGUAUAUUUUUGGAAGCAUUGUGGAAUCUUGAUACCGUCGAUCUGUUGAAGAAGACUCCGGGAGUUUUGAUAACCAAACGAGGCGUACAAGAAUCAUUGGUUUCACCUGAUGAUUACCGAGAAAUACUUCGGGGACAAGGCAAAAUCUCUUCUGCAAAACCAGGAUCCUGGGUCGCCAUCGCGAAAGGUGCAUAUCGAGGAGACGUUGCGCUGGUGAAGGAGACAGAAGGGAGGCUUGUACGCCUGUUAAUGCUUCCUCGGCUUCCCUUACCAGGUACAAACAAGGCCAACAAAAGAAGGAAGACGGAACGUGCUGGAGAUUCUGUUCUUUGGACGAAGACUCAGUGGUCGGAGUGGUUAGACUCUCAAGGGCGCUUUGAUCAGGUUGUAGAACAUACGGCACACUGCUGGCAAAUAGGAAAUAUUCUUUUUGAGAAUGGACUGAUGCUUCAAGACUUUGGACAGGACUCCAUCAAUGUUGUCGUCGAGGAAAUGCCCUUUCGCUACUUCCAGCUUUUCCAGCAAUCCACACACAGCUCACUGGACUCCUCAUACAUGCUACGCCCCAGCGAGUGGAAAUUUGAACCCGGAGAGCGCAUUCUGGUUGCAGGUGAUGAAGGAUCGCAAUCUAGAGAGGCCUCUGUAGCUGUUAUCCAUCCGUAUUAUCUAGAGGUUGCAUACCAGACCCACGAUUCGCCUAAGAUCACAGAUACCGCGCUAGUGCCCUGGAUUCGCGUGACAAAAUUGUUUCAACUUGGCGAUUACGUUUCUGUACAGAGCGGGGAAAAUCAGGGAACCGAAGGUUGGCUAAUUGCGAAAACGGACGCGUCGGUCGUGAUAGGACUUAUCGACUCGAGCAUUCUGACAAUUUCAAGCUUGCAGGUUUUGGAGACUAUACAGGUAGGACUUCUUUCCUUUUCGCCUUGA